AUGGAGCAGGAAGUUCCUCAUCACCGCAUCCGACAUCAAGAUAUGGGAAUGUCCACCCAAAAGCGUCCAACCCGGCCAAUGUAUUUCCUCGGACCUUUUGACAUCAUCCAAGAGGCAAGUCACAAUGCCAGGAAACGUUCCAAGUUGAUUGGGAAAGUCAACGUCUUUGGGUUCGGGACAAUCACCCGCGUCAAGACUGUGAGUGGUGUCGGCCUCAACGGCUCUGCUCAGGAGAAUCUUGAGGUGACGAUGAUGCAUCACGAUUGGGACAAUGUUAAACAAACAACAGAAGAUUUUCCAUGUCUCUACACCAUACCGGGCAACUCGGUCCUCAAGAAUGCCCAUUCCUUCUUUAUUGUUGGGCUCGAAGCCAUUAUCAUUGGCAAUAUCACUGGCCUAAAUGAGCAGACCGGAAUUGGGAAUGUCACAGCAUGUCUAUUCUCUAUCACCUCGCCCCCGGGCCACGAUAACAGACCCCCAGCGACCCCCUCCAUUCCCGGCACUCCGGGUCCAUUGAGACCAAACCUGAGACAAAUUGGAGGUGGGGCCACCCCUUCCCCGGCAAGCAGAGCCCUUCCAAGGGAGCUCAGCACUCCCAGACCCGCGGGAAUCCAACCAAUGGCUACAUCAAGCAACGUGCGGCCUAUUCCCGGAGGCUCGAGUAGCCACCGACCUGCGGAUCCGGCAGACAGCUGUGAAGCAGGCGAGAUCUUCGAGGACAACACUCAAGCCCCCAAAGAUGAAGACGACGAGCACUUUGUUAGUACUGAUAAGAAUGGGAAGCGUGUAGCUAAAAGCUUACCCAAGCCAACCCCAACUCCGGUUGCAAACUCUGGCUCCACCUCAAAGAGCCUCUUAGAGGCCGCAAAGAAGAUGCGAACCAUGUCUUGA